AAGAGACUGGCGCCGACGAGUAUGCGCCAACGAACUUUACUAGAUCAUUAUGCCUACCUAUAAUCAGUGCUGGCUACCCAUUCAUGUCGGGCGGCCUCCUAGCUUCGAAUAUCAACUUGCACGAAUACAUGAGAAAGACGGGAUAUAGGGUUCCCAGCAAUGCCUUAGACGGUCCUUACCAAUAUGCCUACGGAACAAGCAAGGACUUUUUCGAGCAUCUCCAAGGACGGCCUCCUUUUGGCGAUCUUUUCAACCUUCACAUGUACCUGGGCGCCUCAUAUUGCAAGACUUACCAGCGGUGAUUGAUCAGAUUAGCAGCCUAGAUAAGCGGAUAGAGAGGAUGCCGCACGAUUUCUUUGAAGAGUAACCGAUCCGAGGUAACCAACCCGAUACCGAUAUAUCCUAUAAGGCUGUCGCUAACUUGGUGGUGUUUGUGGUUUAGGUAGUAGGGCUUACUACAUGCAUUCCAUCCUUCACGACUGGCCUGAUGAGCAAUGCGUCAAAAUUCUAACGCGGCUCUCCAAGGUUAUGAAACCCAGAUAUAGUAAAUUGCUAAUAAAUGAAUACGCAAUCCCCACGGUGGGUGCGUAUUGGGAAGCGACAGCGCUGGACAUGGUUAUGAUGACUGGCUUCUCGUCUCGAGAGCGGACGAGGCACGAGUGAGAGAAUCUACUGCGAUCAUCUGGACUGCGUGCCUGCAAUAUUGUAAGAGAUUACAUACCUAACGGAUCUGCU